AUGAGCGAGCUCAAGGCUGCCAAUCAAGUGGAUAUGCGAUCCUUGGUUUUACCUCCCCAGAAGCUGCAGAGCAAGCCAUGCGCCGCAACGGGCAGCGAAUUCCGGACCACAAGGAGUCGCGGCUUUGGCUUUCUAAGACUCUCGGAUGAGGAGGCCGCCGAGCCACUCGUGGCAAAAGCCCAUGGGUUUCAAUUGGCUGGGCGCGCUGUCACAGUUCGCCAAUGCCUUCCAGCUGACUCCACCACCGGUGACAGAGCGCUUUUCAUCAGCAACCUGGAGGUUGGCACACGUGAGGAUUGGUUGCGGAGAUUGCUAGGUGUCUUUGGGGAAUUGGACUUCGUAGAUGUGGGCAUCCGGGGAGGCUUUGCGAGGGUCGGAUUUAUUGAGGCCGAAGCUGCUUUGGGUGCUGCCUCCUUGCUCCAGGGUCGUGCACAAAAUAGUGGGAGGCGGCUCCUGUUUCGCUGGGCCAAACCAUUGUCUACGGAUCCUCAGGGCUUCCAAGCCUUCUCCCAGCGCUUUGCCACCCCGGCCUUCGAAGAGCACUCAGACAAUAUGGCCAGAGAGCUUGCGAAGUCCUUGCUUCCUGUGGAAGGACCUGCUUUGCCAAGCGGUGCUCCUGAGGUGCAUUGA